AUAGACUUGCGUGUAAACCCUUUUAAGAUCUUUUUCAUCAUUAUAUAUAUCCUCCAAUUAUGUUAUAUUUUCCCAAUCCAAAUCACCCCUAGUUUGUCCCUAUAAAUACCUCCAAUUAUUCAACACUUUUCACUCACUUAAUUCCCUUGUGUUAUUAUUAUUGUUUUAUUUAUUAUUAUUUCACUCAUUUUAAUAAAGCAAGCAAAAAAUGGAUUUAGGUGUGUCCAUCCUUGCAAACACUUUUACCACACCAUGGGAUCUCCAAACCAAAAAGAAAAACACAAACCUUUCUAACAACAAUGUCCCAAAAAGCUUCAUUUGGUCACUUAAUGACGACAUUGGCGAACCUAAAGAAAAACUCGACGCCCCGAUAAUAGACCUUCAAGGGUUCAUUAUCGGGGACGAAACGGCCACCAAAAACGCGGCCCAGGUGAUAAAAAACGCGUGCUCGAAUCACGGGUUUUUCCAAGUAAUCAACCAUGGUAUUGACCCGAAACUCUUAAACGAAGCAUAUAGCAAUAUGGAUCAAUUUUUUAAGCUACCAAAUACACAAAAGGCUAAGGCCGCGAAAGUGUCUGGUACGUUAUGGGGAUUGUCUGUGGCUCAUGCUGAUCGUUUGUCGACGAAUUUGCCAUGGAAAGAGACGUUGUCUUUCCCUUACCGUGCAAAGAACGACGACGACGACGACGACGACGAGGAGUCAGUUGUAGAUUACUUCACAUCGGUGAUGGGCAACGAGUUUGAGCCUAUGGGGAUGGUUUACCAGAAAUACUGUGAAGAAAUGCACAAGCUAUCACUUCUAAUAACAGAACUAUUAGCUACAAGUUUAGGAGUAAAACGGUCGUACUACCGCGAUUUCUACGAAGAUGCACACUCGAUCAUGCGACUGAACUACUACCCGCCUUGCGACGAGCCAAAUCUAGUCCUAGGAACCGGGCCGCAUUGCGACCCGACAUCCUUAACAGUGUUGUAUCAAGAUGAAGUUGAAGGACUUGAAGUUUUUGUCAAUAACAAAUGGCAUGCAAUUGAGCCUAGACGUGAUGCACUCGUUAUUAACAUUGGAGAUACCUUGAUGGCAAUGACCAACGGAGAAUACAAGAGUUGUUUACACAGAGCAGUGGUGAACGAGAAGAUAGAGAGGAAAACUAUGGCAUUCUUCCUUUGCCCUAAAGAACACAAAGUGGUUACACCGCCAUCGGAAAUUCUAGUUAAUAAUAAGCAAAGGAAGUACCCAGAUUUUACAUGGUCACAACUUGUUGAGUUCACUCAAAAACACUAUCGAGCUGAUGCAAAUACUCUUCAAGCCUUCACCAAUUGGAUCUGGUCCAAAUCACCUUCUAAUGAUGCUAACUAAUAAGUUAAUUACCAACUUAGAAAUUUGAGUAUUCAGUUAGUAAAAUGGAUUUUAUUUUGAUAUGAAAUAAUGUUAUAUUGAAAAGUAUUAGUGUUUAAUUAUGCACGCAAUAUGUGUGUUACAAUUAUAUUUGGUAUUACAUUUAUAAAUAGCGAAGGUUGGCAUAGCUGCUAAUCGUGAUGGAAACUAAUUUCCAUAACAUGGGGUGGAUACCACAACGCAAAAUAAAAGUGGACACAUGCGAUAGAAGAAAAGGGAAGAAAAUGAUAGAAUCAGAAGAGAGAGGGAGGAAAAAGUAGAGAGAGAAGGCCGGAGAACGCGAUGAAUGUGCGGCUAACGGUGAUUUAUGAGCAAAUACAUAACUGAGCUAGCCGACAAAAGAGGUAAACGAUAAGUAAUAGAUCAAUGACAAUUUUUUUUAAAGAAAUGAUAGUACUUUUUUUUUAACGAAAUGAUACUCUUUUUA